UGAUGAUUCAGCUGCUGCAGGCUGCCAGGGCUCGAGAUGACAUUUACAUACAAGGAUCUAAUAGAUGUGGCCAUUGGGACACCAGAGUCGGGCCACGUCAAUUUCUAUGCCCUGCACGUGCUGCUGUCCAACUUUGCGCAGAAAUUGGAAUGUCUGGAUGAGAUUGUGGAGCAGGAUGAGUACCUGGCCUCCAAUAUACGUUUGCAGAGCAGUUUGAUGACCAUGGGCCGGCCCUGCUCCAAAUAUCGUCUGGUGGGUGGUGCCGAUGCAGAGGAAGCACCCGCUGAUGCGCCCGCAAGUGACGCCCCAGCUGAAGAGGCGGAACCAGCGGCAGCCGAAGAGGAUCCAGCUGCAGCUCCAGUUCCAGCAGAGGAAGAAGCAGUUGCACCCGAACCUGAACCAGAACCAGCAACACCAGCACCCGAGCCAGAACCCGAACCCGAACCCGAGCCGGAGACUGCUGCACCCGAAGAAGCUCCCUCGGCAGCACCUGAACCCGAACCUGAAGCCGAACCACAGCCACAACCUGAACCGGAGCCAGAGCCAGAGCCAGCUGCAUCGGCAUCCCAACCUGAAGUGCCGGCGACCGCAGAGCCAGCCGAGGCAGAGGAACCUCAACCGAUGUCGCACGCGGCGUCACGCACCUUUCAGCGGCGGUCGCAGCCGCGCAUGGAUGGCUCCGUGACGGGCAACCUGACGCGCCUCGAGAAGCGUCUGUCCAAAGUGGAGCUGCAAAAGGAGCAGGCCACCAUAGAGAUGCAGUCUUUUGUGACCACUAUGACGGGACAUAUGAAGCUCACCAUGGAGCAGCUGAAUAAUGUCACCCAUCUGCUGAUUGAUCGCAAACCCAAUCCCGAUCGCUUCAAGCUUAUCCGAAAUAUUGCGCGGCAGCUGCGAGCGCUGAUGCGAGCUGCCACCGACGACGAGAUGUCCAUCAGUUGGACGAGUGGUGAGGCUGUGGUCGAGGAAAUGGAGGACAUUGAGGAGGAAAUGCAGGAGGAGGGGUCAGUCUCCACUACCGCUACAGAGGGGGAGAAGCCAGAGGAAGAGGAGACCCUGGACCUAGAGCAGCAACUCUGCUACUCCCCAGAUCGCAUGCUCAACGAGCUGCUGGAGCUCAAGUCGCAGUUCUGCGCGCUGACCAACAAAACCAACGAGCUGGCCGCUGCACUGCUGAAGCAGGAUGCACAGCAUCUGAUGAACAACAUGAAGGAUCUGCAGGAGACGGUGCGGGAGAUCAAAAUGUACAUUUCCAGCAAUCGGGAGUCCACACAGAGCAUGCUCUCGCAGGUGAAUGCGAAUGUGGUGCAGAUUUCGCUGCUGCGGAAGUCCGUGACGCAUUUGGACGAACUGAAGAUCGACAAGACGGAGGUGGAGCUGCUGCUGGCCGAGAAGGUGGACUUUGAUCAGCUGGCCACAAAGGUGUCGCUGGAGCAGCUGGAGGAGUACAAGGCGCGCCUGGAGAAGCAGUUCUGCGAGUUGCGUCACAUCAUCAACGUCAACGAGAAGAAUGUCCUGCAGAUCAUCGAUCACCUGCGCAUGACCCUGGGCAUCGAUGCCCUGGAGCUCGGACUCAAGGACUUCCGCGAGCUCAUCGAGAAGCGUGUGGCCAUGAUCGCCGAAGCGCUGCAAAAGUACAUGGAAAUGACCAACGAUGACUGCGCCGCUGCCGCUGGGCGGGUGAAGGUGCUGCAGGAUCUGGCCUGCGUCUCGUGCGACACGCCCUGUGUGAUGCGCACCGUGGAGCGCUCCAAGGUACCCUCGCUGCCGGCGGCCAAGGGCUCCACAGGCCUGGGACCGAUUGUGACCUAUGAGCUGGGGCAGAUACGCAAAUCUGGCAUCAUGGGCUACUACCGCAAGGACGAGUUCCCCCACUGUGCCAGUGCCUGGACCAAGGGCACCGCUGGUGUGCCCAUGGUCAAGUGUGUGCCACGACAUGCCGGCGGCACGCACACCACCCACACCGCCGACGAGCACAUGCAGAAGGUGGUGCUGUCCAAGAAGACCUCGGGAUGGCAUUAAAUCACUUUGUUUAUCCUUAAAUUUAAUAUAUACCAGCGUUAAAAUGUA